AUGGCCCCUGUCACCAUCGUCACGUUCUUCAAGCUACCAUCCUCUCUCUCCUCCGAACUGACCUCUGAUCAACUGACCAAGCCAUUUGUCACUGCUGAUGAGUCUGUGUGUAGAGACAGUAAAUGGAUGACACAUAUUCUCCAUCUAGACCAGUGGAUGACCAGGUACACCACCGAAGCCACUCACUUCGCUUCUGCUCCUCCUCUGCCCCUGCUCACGUCCUCCCCAACUUGCCAGUUGUUAGUGUGGUGCCACUACGGUGAAGCAGGAGUGGGGAAGGAGGAGAGAAGGCGUCUAGACCAGCUCUCAUUUGGCUGGUGGUUUCAUGGCAGCGGAGGGCAAGUGGCUCCGAGUCCGCCAGCCCUGACGGGUGCAGGGCCUGUCUGGGCAGAAUGGCACACAAAAACGCACCGGGGAGCGCCGUGUCGGGCAGGGGCGCGCGUGUGCACUGGCUCUCUCCGUGCCAGACUCCUGGCCCUGGGACCCCCGCGCUCGCCGGCGCCCCUCUCGGGCACCCAGAAGAGCUGGGAGGCCCGAGCCGUCCCAGCGUGCCCCGCGCGGCGUGGACUCGGGCAGCUGCCGCCAUCCCGCUGGCGAGGUGGAGAGAGAGGCCCGCCCGCUUGCCGGUCGGGCCAGUGUGGGCUAGUGCGUGAGGGCGCGGGGGGCCGUGUCAGCGAGACGCAGACGCCACCGCCAAACGGACAUGUUGGAGCCCAGGGCCGCCGCCGCCUCUUUUUCCUCAUCCUCCGAACGGGACUGAGAGGGGGCCCGCCACCCCGCCGCCUCUGCCUGUGCCUCGGCCGCCCGCCCCGCCGCCUCGGCCGCAGCCUCUUCCUGCCCGGCCUCCAGCUCCGCAGCUCAUCGCCUCCGCCCGCCCCUCAGGCCCGGCCGGUUCCCCGGCCCCGCUCCGCCGCGGCGCGAGGUCUAUGUGACCGGCGGGCCCGGAGCAGCCGCCGCCGCAGCGCGAACAUGGACGCCGUCAACGCCUUCAACCAAGAGGUAAGGGGUGCUUGGAACAGGAGGGUGCCGGGCCUGCCGGGGAGUCGGGGCGUCGUUUCUCCUGCCGCCGGAGGUUUAAAGCUUAGGUCGGGGUGGGGACGCUUCCUGCCCCGGUUCCGGGGCGGCGGGGCCUGCGCGGAGCGGCCUGUGGCCCGGGGAGGUCGCGGCGGCCGCGGGAGCCGACCCCACACCCCUCCCCCACCUCCCACUCCCGGGCGGCGACCUCGGGCUGCCCCUCUCGCCCCCUUCCGGCCUCCUCCAGCCCGCGUCGGCGCCUCUAACUUCGCCCCCUUUCAGGUCCGGGUGCUCUCGCUCUCUGCCCCCAGCCCCGUAUUGGCUUCGCGGUACCGGGAGCCCCUCUUUUCACUUAUGGAUAUGAAGCCUCCCAUCUCUCGAGCCAAGAUGAUUCUCAUCACGAAAGCUGCUAUUAAAGCUAUUAAGCUUUAUAAGCAUGUAGUUCAAAUAGUAGAAAAGUUCAUCAAAAAGUGUAAACCAGAAUACAAGGUUCCGGGAUUAUAUGUAAUCGACUCAAUUGUGAGACAGUCUCGUCAUCAGUUUGGAACUGAUAAAGAUGUUUUUGGGCCAAGAUUCUCUAAAAACAUAACUGCCACAUUCCAAUAUUUGUAUCUUUGUCCAUCUGAAGAUAAGAGUAAAAUAGUUCGUGUGCUGAACCUUUGGCAAAAAAAUGGAGUAUUCAAAAUUGAAAUCAUUCAACCGCUUUUGGACAUGGCAGCAGGAACCAGUAAUGCCGCCCCAGUAACAGAAAAUGUUACUAAUAAUGAAGGCUCACCUCCACCUCCAGUUAAAGUUUCUUCUGAACCCUCACAAGCCACUACAAACUCCAUACCAACUGUACCACAGUUGCCCAGCUCUGAUGCUUUUGCUGCUGUGGCCCAACUGUUUCAGACAACUCAAGGUCAACAGCUUCAGCAGAUCCUUCAGACUUUUCAACAGCCUCCAAAACCACAGUCUCCCGCCAUUGACAAUGCUGUGAUGGCUCAGGUUCAGGCUAUCACAGCUCAGUUAAAGACAGCUCCUACACAACCACCUGAACAAAAAGCUGCUUUCCCCCAACCUGAACAAAAAACUGCAUUUGACAAGAAGCUACUUGAUAGAUUUGAUUACGAUGAUGAGCCGGAAGCUGUGGAAGAAUCAAAGAAAGAAGAUGGUGCUGCCGCCGCUACCGCCGCCGCUGCCACCACAGCACCUACUGCUGCUGUUGCACCCCCUGCACCUGCUGCUGCUGUACCUUCUGUUGCUGCGACUGCUGCUUCUCCUCCACAGGCACCCUUUGGAUUUCCUGGAGAUGGCAUGCAGCAACCAGCAUAUACCCAGCACCAAAACAUGGAUCAGUUUCAACCUCGAAUGAUGGCAAUACAGCAGGAUCCAGUGCACCAUCAGGUUCCACUUCCUCCUAAUGGACAGAUGCCAGGAUUUGGCCUUCUUCCUACACCUCCAUUUCCUCCCAUGGCUCAGUCCGUGAUUCCUCCAACUCCACCCGUGCAGCAGCCUUUCCAAACUUCCUUUCAGGCACAAAGUGAACCACUUACACAAAAGGCACAUCAGGAAAUGGAAGUAGAACAACCUUGUAUUCAAGAGGUUAAGCGGCACAUGUCCGAUAACAGAAAGUCAAGAUCUAGAUCAGCAUCCAGGUCACCAAAAAGGAGACGAUCUCGAUCUGGUUCUAGAUCUCGAAGGUCUCGUCAUCGACGUUCUCGAUCUCGGUCCAGAGAUAGACGCCGACAUUCUCCUAGAUCUCGAUCCCAAGAAAGAAGGGAUCGGGAAAAAGAUAGAGAGCGCCGACAAAAAGGCCUUCCUCAAAUCAAACCAGAAACUGCUAGUGUUUGUAGUACUACACUCUGGGUGGGACAGCUGGACAAAAGGACUACUCAGCAGGAUGUUGCCAGUCUCUUAGAAGAGUUUGGUCCAAUUGAAUCAAUUAAUAUGAUUCCUCCCAGAGGUUGUGCCUAUAUUGUUAUGGUUCAUAGGCAAGAUGCUAACCGUGCCCUGCAGAAACUGAGCCGAGGAAACUAUAAAGUGAACCAGAAAUCCAUAAAGAUUGCGUGGGCCUUAAACAAAGGAAUAAAGGCAGAUUAUAAGCAGUAUUGGGAUGUAGAACUUGGUGUUACUUAUAUUCCGUGGGACAAAGUCAAGCCUGAAGAACUGGAGAGUUUUUGUGAAGGAGGAAUGUUGGACAGUGAUACACUUAAUCCAGAUUGGAAGGGAAUUCCCAAAAAGCAUGAAAAUGAAGUUGCUCAAAAUGGAGGGGCAGAAACAUCACACACAGAACCAGUAUCACCCAUACCUAAGCCUUUACCUGUGCCUGUCCCUCCUAUUCCUGUUCCUGCACCUAUAACAGUACCACCUCCACAGGUCCCACCACAUCAGCCGGGACCUCCUGUAGUUGGUGCUCUCCAGCCACCCACUUUCACGCCUCCUUUGGGAAUUCCCCCUCCAGGCUUUGGUCCUGGUGUUCCUCCUCCUCCACCUCCUCCACCAUUUCUGCGCCCAGGAUUCAACCCAAUGCAUUUACCACCAGGUUUUCUUCCUCCUGGACCCCCACCUCCUAUAACUCCACCAGUAUCCAUUCCUCCUCCUCACACUCCACCAAUAAACAUCCCAAACUCUACUAUCGCUGGUAUAAAUGAAGACACUACAAAAGACUUAUCUAUUGGAAAUCCCAUUCCAACAGUGGUGUCUGGGGCUAGAGGAAACGCCGAGUCUGGUGACAGUGUGAAAAUGUAUGGUUCUUGUGCCACCUGCUGCACCCACGAAUCUGCCCACCCCUCCUGUAACCCAGCCUGUUUCACUUCUUGUGCUACUUUGGGUACUCAAGGAGUUGCACCUGGCCCUGUAAUUGGGCUCCAAGCCCCAUCCACUGGUCUUCUUGGUGCCCGACCUGGCCUAAUCCCACUCCAGCGCCCGCCAGGAAUGCCUUUGAUGCCACCUCGUCCCAUGCCUCCGCAUAUGAUGCAUAGAGGUCCGCCACCAGGCCCCGGGGGCUUCGGGAUGCCUCCGCCUCAUGGAAUGAAAGGUCCCUUUCCUCCCCACGGCCCCUUUGUCCGGCCCGGUGGAGUGCCAGGGCUCGGGGGCCCAGGUCCAGGCCCAGGGGGUCCCGAGGACAGAGACGGAAGGCAGCCGCCGCAGCAGCAGCAGCAGCCGCCACCAGCACCGCAGGCGCAGCAACAGCCACCGACACAGCCACCGCAGCCGCCGCCGACGCAGCCACAGCCGUUUAGAAACGAUAACAGGCAGCAGUUCACUUCAGGUAGAGACCAAGAAAGGUUUGGAAGAAGAUCUUUUGGAAAUAGGGUGGAAAAUGACCGGGAACGGUAUGGGAACCGUAAUGAUGAUAGAGAGAAUAGUAAUCGUGAAAGGAGAGAGUGGGGAAGAAGGAGCCCUGACCGGGACAGGCACAGAGACUUGGAAGAGAGGAAUAGACGCUCUAGUGGGCAUCGAGACAGAGAGAGAGAUUCUAGAGAUAGAGAGUCUCGUAGAGAGAAGGAGGAAAACCGAGGCAAGGAGAAGCCUGAGGUGACAGACAGGGCAGGCGGUAACAAAACCGUUGAACCUCCCGUUAGCCAAGUGGGAAAUGUAGACACUGUUUCAGAACUUGAUAAGGGGGAGUCUGAGUCUGCAGUUGUAAAACCUUCUGAAGAGUUACCUGCUGAGGCUACCUCAUCCGUUGAACCUGAAAAGGAUUCUGGCUCAGCAGCCGAGGCUCCUCGUUAG